AUGGCUUUGGUUUUACACACUUACAAGGGAAACAAGGGUGCCUAUAAGGCACUCAUUGCCGCAGAGUAUGCCGGCGUGAAGAUUGAGGAGAACGCAAGCUUUCAGAUGGGCGUCACUAACAAAACCCCCGACUUCCUCAAGAUGAACCCUAUUGGAAAGGUUCCUGUUCUUGAGACUCCAGAAGGUGCCAUAUUUGAGAGCAAUGCCAUUGCCCGUUACGUGAGCCGCGUGAAUGGUGACAACUCCUUGAAUGGAUCCUCUCUCAUUGACUACGCUCACAUCGAGCAAUGGAUUGACUUCAACACUUUGGAGAUUGAUGCUCACAUGUUGAGGUGGUUCGGUCCAAGAAUGGGCUUUGCUCCCUUCUCUGCUCCAGCUGAGGAAGCGGCAAUCACUGCAUUGAAGAGAGGACUCGAGGCUCUCAACACACACCUCGCCACCAACACUUACCUCGUCGGACACUCUGUCACACUCGCUGAUAUCGUAACCAUCUGCAACCUGAACUUGGGAUUCGCCACAGUGAUGACCAAGAGCUUUACCUCUGCGUUCCCUCACGUUGAGAGAUACUUCUGGACAUUGGUCAACCAGCCAAACUUCAAGAAGGUCAUCGGUGACGCCAAGCAGACCGAAGCUGUCCCUCCAGUUCCUUCAAAGAAAGCUGCUCAGCCCGCAAAGCCCAAGGAGGAGCCUAAGAAGGCUGCACCAGUAGCAGCAGAGGCACCAAAGCCUGCUGAGGAGGACGAAGCACCAAAGCCCAAACCCAAGAACCCUCUUGAUUUGCUUCCACCUAGCCCCAUGGUUCUCGAUGACUGGAAGAGGCUUUACUCUAACACCAAAACCAACUUCCGUGAGGUCGCUGUUGGAGGAUUUUGGGACAUGUAUGACCCAGAGGGAUACUCGCUAUGGUUCUGUGACUACAAGUACAACGACGAGAACAUGGUUUCGUUUGUGACGCUGAACAAGGUCGGUGGGUUCCUGCAGAGAAUGGACUUGGCGCGCAAGUACUCUUUCGGAAAGAUGCUGAUCUGUGGGAAAGAGGGUCCGUUCAAGGUGAAGGGAUUGUGGUUGUUCCGUGGACCGGAGAUCCCGAAGUUCAUCAUGGACGAGGUUUACGACAUGGAGCUGUACGAGUGGACGAAGGUCGAUCUCUCCGACGAAGCACAGAAGGAGAGAGUUAGCCAGAUGAUUGAAGACGCUGAGCCUUUUGAAGGUGAUGAUCUUUUGGAUGCCAAGUGCUUCAAGUGA